AUGGCGGCGACACGAGCUCUCAGGAUUGGUUAGCAUCAAUGCUACUAUCCCCACUUCCUCCAUACUAACGGGAAUGCAGGCCUUCUGCCGGGCGACGGCAUUGGCCGCGAGGUCAUUCCUGCCGGCCGGCGCAUACUCGAAGCUCUGCCCGCUUCACUGGGCCUCAAGUUCUCUUUCGUCGACCUCGACGCCGGUUUCGACCAUUUCAAGCAGACUGGAGUCGCUCUUCCGGACAAGACAAUCGAGACGCUCAAGAGGGAGUGCGAUGGCGCUCUCUUCGGCGCUGUGAGCUCACCCACCACUGCCACCAAAGGCUACAGCAGCCCCAUCGUCGCCCUGCGCAAGAAGCUUGACCUCUACGCCAACGUUCGACCCGUCAAGUCCGUCAAGCCCACGCCAUGCUUCCCCAAUCCAAUCGACCUCGUCAUCGUUCGCGAGAACACCGAGGACCUGUAUGUCAAGCAAGAGAACACGUUUGAGGGUCCAAAGGGCAAGACUGCACAUGCCAUCAAAGAGAUCUCGGAGAGCGCUUCGGCACGGAUAGCUGCCAACGCAGGAGACCUUGCCAUUCGAAGGCAGCGCGUUCGCAACACCACCGGCGAGUCGGGGAGGAAGUCGAUGGUGACCAUCACCCACAAGAGCAAUGUCCUCCCGCAGACCGACGGGCUGUUUCGCCAGACCGCACGCGACAUUCUGUCACAAGCCAAGUACCAGGAGGCUGGAGUUGCUAUCGACGAACAGAUUGUUGAUUCCAUGCUCUACAAGCUCUUCAUCACUCCGCACAGCUACGAUGUCAUUGUCGCGCCAAACAUGUACGGAGACCUUCUGUCAGAUGCCGCUGCAGCUUUGGUGGGAUCGCUUGGCCUUGUGCCUUCUGCCAACGUGGGAGACGGCUUUGCAAUGGGCGAGCCGUGCCACGGCUCCGCUCCAGAUAUCGAGGGCAAGGGUAUUGCAAAUCCAAUUGCUACAUUGAGGAGUUGUGCUCUCAUGUUGGAGUCGCUUGGUCACGAAGAGGCAGCUGCGAAGAUCUACCAAGCCGUAGAUGCCAAUCUGGCAGAAGGAAAGCUGCUCACGCCUGAUUUGGGCGGCUCGGCGAAGACAGAGGAGGUCUUGAGCGACAUUAUCAAGCGUUUGUGA